UCAUCUGCCCUGUAAGGCAGGAGGAAAUAGACAGAGGCUGGUUAUAGGAGGAGGAGAGUACAAGCUGUGCACACAGAUCAGCCUGGAAUACUCUACUGGAUUAUACUGGGAAGGAUGAGGAGCUCCCAGCCUGAGGACCUGUGAUCCCAGACAUGCAUGAUGAAGAAAUGAAUGCAGACGUUGGAUUAGAAGUUCUCUGAAAAGCUGCCCUGACCAUCAAACCCACGAUGACCACAGCCGGGCUCAGCGCUCAAGACGUGUCGCUGAAGAGCGGCUUCCUGCACAGUGCGCAAGGCUUGAUGUGUGCAAAGUCAUGCUGGGCAAAUCACAGCGACUAUGAUAACACUUUCUAUGGUAUGGAGCCUUUGUCUUUACCCUACAGUAUGAAAUCUCCGGCACAACAGCAGAUUUCUUCUCUUGGUCAGAUUUCAAAGCCGUUCAUGGCGAACGGACACUGUUGCUCUGAAAAUUGCAUGAAGGCCAAAAGACCGAACUUCCUUCAUCUUGGCAUGCCCAUCAUAGAACAUUCUGCAAACUGUGAAGAAGAAGAACACGACCAAGUUGUUCCUUCCUUUAAAAAACUCUCGAUGAAUGGUGGUCCCGGCACGGAAAGGACCUCUCCACUGACGCCUGUUAAAAGUGGACCACCGCCGCCAUUUUAUACCAUUCCUUCCAGCGAUCGGAGCUCGCGGCCUCUUCCGCCUCUUCCGAUUUCUGAGGACAGUUCUUUCGACGAAGCCGAUAGCGAGGUGGAGUUCCUCACCAGUUCUGAUACAGACUUGCUUAUACAAGAUGGAAGACCUUUGGCAUUUAAGUACGGGGUUCCAAGCAGGAGAAGUUUCCGAGGAUGUGGACAGAUCAACUAUGCCUACUUUGAGUCUACAUCUGCCCCCAAACCGGCAGAAGACACCGCGCCGUGCCAACACCACCAUGGACGUGUACAGAACAUAAAACCUCAGAAACUCGAGCAAAACCCCCGGAGGCUACGAAGGUCUCAUUCGGGACCAGCUGGAUCCUAUAAUAAACCUAUAAUUCGGGUUCACACAAAUAGGACUUCCCCCAAUUCAGACGAAGACAAACCUGUAGUGCCCCCAAGGAUCCCGAUACCUCCUAGGCCCGCGAAGCCGGAUUACAGAAGGUGGUCCGCCGAAGUUUCUUCAAACACGUACAGCGAUGAGGAUCGACCUCCCAAGGUGCCACCCAGGGAACCCCUUUCCAGGAGCAACUCCCGGACUCCGAGUCCCAAGAGUCUCCCUUCAUACCUCAACGGCGUCAUGCCCCCGACGCAGAGCUUUGCACCUGACCCCGCCUACGUCAGCACUAAAACUUUUCAAAGACAGUACAGCGAAGGGUCCGCCAACAAGAUCCCUUGCAUCUUACCCAUCAUCGAAAACGGGAAGAAGGUGAGUUCGACGCAUUAUUACCUUUUACCGGAGAAGCCGCCAUACUUCGGCCAGUACGAGAAAUAUUUUACAGAGUCGAAGGACGCCGCCGGCUCUGAAUCCAAAGUGCCAUCGUGGUCUAGUGACAGCGGCUCGUCGUCGCCGAAGGCCGAGGCCAAGGCCAAACUGGACAUGAACUAUGCCAAGCACAAGCACCUCUCGGAUGUCAUUUCUCAGUGUGUGGGCGAAUAAGGUCAUUAUUAUCCAGAUGCAAGAUGUUACGCUAAAUGGCAGGACUUUCCUGGUUGGUUUUUCUCGAGGCGACGCAACGACGGGGGAGGGGGGGGGGAUAAAGAACUGAAUGCUCAUAAAAAAAAAGUACGGAAUAUAUGUUGCUUAACAUUUUAAGUGAUCCUUCCCAGUUUCUAUGAAGCAAAAA